CUUUCCCGAGGUCAUUCGCAAACACCACGCAAUAGUGACAUGCGCGCCUCGCAAAUCCGAUCGCAAGCCAUGAGAAAUCUACGUCGAUAAAACGAACUUGCCAUAUGGGCCUCUCGCUCGAGGAGCAUGGAAAAUGGGAUAGACGCCACACGAAACGGUGGCGAUGGCGUCUCCAAGUGGUCACUGAACCGCGAACCGAAGAAUGCCGACAGCGAUGCCAGCCAAGGAGGGCACAAACGAAGCCUUUCAGGUAGCAUUCUGGGGAGUCUACCCUUCUUGAGAUCCUCCAACAAGGACCUCACGCCGCGCUCGCCGCCCAAACGCGAGGACGAUGACGGGCAUGUGGACGACGAAAGCUCGAAGCGCGGCUCUGCCCUCGCGAACGCGCUACGCCAGACUCAGGGCCGAAAGAGGAAGGGGUCGCUGAGGAAGACUGCCAUUCUCGGAACCGGGAAGCUGAGGGAACGGCGGAACUCUUUCCUUGAAAAAAGGCUACCCACCAAGCCCGUCGCCAUCAACACGGCCAUGAGCCCCACAUCUCCAGACGACGAAACGACCCCCCGCCAGUUCAGCUAUGAGCAUACAUCGCUGAACUCAUCUUCGGACAGUGGGUGGCCUCCAUCACGUGCCCUCUCUGUGUCUACCGACACACAUGACCACCUACCCCCACGUGUGCUCGCAUCGCCCCUCACGAGCCCGGUUGGUCCGUAUGCAUCGACGACUGACGACGACGACGGGUUGUCGUUUUUCCGGCCGACUGUCUCGAGCAGCAGCUCCUCAUACAAUCCCGUCCAGCUACAGCCUCUUGGUUCCUCAUCAUCCCUCCAGCGCCGCCGCUCCAACCGAGCAGGCCAGAACUCGUCCUUGACAAUAGUCCAUACUCCCGCAGAUCUAGUAUUGGAAGAAGAGUGGGACUAUAGCGAGACAGAAUGGUGGGGCUGGGUGGUGCUCAUCGUGACUUGGGUGGUCUUUGUCGUCGGAAUGGGCUCCUGUCUAGGUGUGUGGAGCUGGGCGUGGGAUGUUGGGGAGACGCCAUAUGCUCCUCCCGAACUUGAAGACGACCCAACUUUGCCCAUUACGGGAUACUAUCCUGCAUUAAUGGUAUGUACUGCAGUCAUGUCCUGGGUCUGGGUCGUCGUGGCGUGGGUGGGUAUGAAGUAUUUCAGACACGCCAAAGUGGUCAGCGAAGACGGCUAGCCGCGUCAUGACAUAUCUCGAAUAGGUCCAGCGUUUCUAUUAUUACUUCACCGUUACAUUAAUUUGGUCUAUUAUCACCAAUACGAUCUCAG